ACACUACCCCACAUCUCUCCAUACAACCUGCAAAGCUACUUGCUUUUCCCCACACCAUAAUAAUGCAAAGCUUUCCAAAGAUUAUUUAGAAGAACAUUUUUUCGUUUGGUAAGGAGUAUAUCCUUUUUAUCUUUCUAAUUAUUCCACGAGACCACAAGCUUUUUCUUAUGCUGCCAAGUCUUUUUCUCUUCCAAAUGGUGAUGACAGAUGCAUUGCUGCUCAUUUUGUGGUAGCUUGUAGCCAGCUUAGGUGAUCUUGGUAAAGCAAUUUACUUGCAUUUGCUCUCUGUGUGUAUCAGCUUCAUCAUGCCAAUCCCUCUUGCUCCCUACCCUUUGCCUCCGGCGCCCUACACACCACCUGCAAAUGGUUCUCAGAGCCAGCUUGUUUGCUCUGGAUGUCGAAACCUAUUACUCUAUCCACUUGGGGCAACCUCAGUAUGUUGUGCUGUUUGUAAUGCAGUCACAGCUGUGCCACCUCCAGGCACAGAAAAUGCUCAAUUGGUCUGUAGAGGUUGCCACACGUUACUAAUGUACAUUCGCGGCGCAACCAGUGUAAAAUGUACAUGCUGUCACACUGUCAACUUAGCUAUGGAGGCUAAUCAAGUAGCACAGGUCAAUUGUGGAAGCUGUCAAAUGUUGUUGAUGUAUCAGUAUGGCGCGCAGUCUGUUAGAUGUGCAGUUUGCCAUUUUGUGACUUCAGUCGGGGUACCCGUACCACCAACAACAAGUACUGUGGAGCAGAAACUCAACUGCUAAAUCAAGAACGCUUGAAUUACGAAGGACUUACUAAUACUUGUGUGUUAGUUGCAUGUAUAGACUUGUUAAAUUGCUUCAGCAUGAGUUCACUAUGAAUAAGCAUUUUUGUCAGGUGGCUUGUUUGAAAGGACCUCGGAGUUAAUGUUUUAGGACAAAAAAAGGUUUAUUUUGUCACACAGUGUUUGUAAAUCAGUGGAAUUAUAUGCAUGAUUUCAUGUUAUGUCAAAUUAUGAACUUGUCAGAG